AAUAUGUGUUGUUAAAGUUAAGUUAAGUUGCUACUUAAACUAAAGAUAAUAAUACAAGAUGAUGAUAAAAUGAUUCUUAUGACAUCUAGGCCUAAUAUUUAGAAUAUUACCUAUACCUGUCUCACUGUGCCUUUUCUUUUCAGUAUUAUUUAACCAACAUUGCUAUUGCUAACAUCCAUGUUUAUUAGCUCUACGUUUGCAACCUCAUGUAAAAUCACAGUAUAAACAGAUAGUGUUUUUGACUUUUAUUUUUUAAAUCCCAAGAGGAAACGUUAACCUGUACUGCAGCAGACUUAUUAUAAUAGUAAUAAUCUACACACCCGCAUUACUUGCCACAUUAGUUAUUUUCUCCUAUCUUUUUGCAGCUUCACUUUCUUUCUAUUGAUACACUGAAACAACCUGAAUACAACCUUGUUCUAGUUUAAUCACUGGGGGACAAAAUUACCUUACACUUCCAAUAUUUUAUUUUUUUGCCUUGGCCAAAAAAAUUUGUAGGCAGAAAGUAAAGUAAUCCGUAUUUAAAAUUAUAAUUAUAGCCCAGAUGAGUUCAAGCAUUAUUCUGAGCAACUUCUUUUUUUUAAGAUGCUUGUUGUGGUUUGGCCUUUAGAGGGCCCACUUCCACAGCUACAGACCAUUCAUCGUAAAAUAGUCUGUACCAGUAGUGAUUGUUGAGAGAAAGCUUUUCUGCUGCCAAGAGCUGCCAUCUGUUUUCAUGUCAUCUACUGUUAUGUUUAUUUAUUCCAGUUUAUGCCAGCAGUCCAGUCCAAUGUCCAAACUGUAGGCUAUGACAGACACAGGCCUCCUAUGCCAGGAUUACACUGUAAACAGUUCCUGUGUAAACAGUGCUGUGUGAAAAGCAGGAAUGGAAAGUAUGAAAAAUAUUAAUUUCUUAUUUUAUGCAUUUUUCUGUCCUUUCACACAUUGCCUUAUCACAUACCAACUUUGAAUCAGCGUAGGUUCUUGCCAUUUGUCCUUCUGGUCAUAGCUACAGAUUAAAUUUGACAAAUGUUGACUUGGGUAAUAUUUCACCUUCUUGGAUUUAGUUGUGCAAGGUGUCUUUAGAGGAGUGAAGUGUUUAAGACCAUUUAUUUAAGCCACAAAGUAAUUUGAUAACAGAGACAAGUAAUUUAGAAAUUUGCUGAGGGAUUUUUGAUAAUUGUAGCUGUUUAAUUAGACACUGGUCUUGAAAAUGAUCUGAAACAUUUAUGUCUUAAAUCACGUCAUGCGUCUUUUGAGCGCGUUUUUCAGGUUCUUAGGAGGUCACGCAGCGCGUGGGGCGCAGGGGGUGGGUUUCUCUGUGCAGCACCACCUUUGUGUGGCUGUCGAUGUGAUGUGUGGUAUUUACUUUGUGGUGUCUGGGUGGCUGCGCACACGUGCUGCUGCCGCCGCCGCUGCUUCCCUCUUUGUCCUACUUCACAGCUUCACUGGCUGCCAUGGGUACUGUCUGCAGGGAGAGGAGCCCACUGCCGCCUUCGCCGCUUCCUAACGCAGCAUCCUUUGCAGCAUCCCGUCGUUGCAUCGCGGGAGGAGUCUCUCGGUCGAUUUUGCGCCUCUUCUGAGGCACAAUAACCGGAUUCCCGCAGGCUGAGCCCAGCGUCGCGUGCCCACCUGGAACGAUGCUGGGAUGACGCGUCCGCUCAGCGUUCCCGUUCGCGCACCGUGUAAACCCGUUUGUUUCGGAUGAUGCACAAAGGGCUCCGCGGUGCGUUCACGCUCCACCUUGAUUUGGAAAAGCCCCGUCCCAACAGGAGAUCCAUGCCCCGGGUUUCGUGUUGUUGUCAUCAUCAUGUCCCCGGCAUCGGCUGCAACGGCCAGUGAAAGCAGCACCACCACCGUCCCCGAAGAGGAGUCGGACAGCCCUCGGGAGGAGCAGCGGCCCCAGAAACAGUCCUUGACUAAGUCCCUGUGCCAGGAAACUCACUGGAAAUGCCUGCUGUUGACCCUGCUGAUGUACAGCUGCAUCGGCGUGAUCGCGUGGUGCCAAGUGACCCAGGUCACGCGUCUGUCCUUCGACAGCGCUUACAAGGGCAAGUCUAUGAUGUACCACGACAGCCCUUGCUCCAACGGCUACAUCUACAUCCCCCUGGCCUUCCUGGUCAUGCUCUACGUGGUCUACCUGGUGGAGUGCUGGCACUGCUACACCAGGACCGAGCUGCAGUACAAGGUGGACGUGGACAACGUGGCCGAGCGGGUGCAGCGGAUGCAGCAGGCCACGCCCUGCAUCUGGUGGAAGGCCAUCAGCUACCACUACGUCCGGAGGACGCGGCAGGUGACGCGCUACCGCAACGGGGACGCCUACACCACCACGCAGGUGUAUCACGAGCGGGUCAACACCCACGUGGCCGAGGCGGAGUUUGACUACGGGAACUGUGGCGUUAAGGACAUUUCAAAGGACCUGCUGGGCCUGGAGGGCUUUCCUAUGACCCGGCUGAGGUUCACCAAGUGCUUUAGCUUCGCCAACGUGGAGUCAGAGAACUCCUAUCUGACCCAACGGGCCAGAUUCUUUACAGAGAACGAGGGGUUGGACGAUUACAUGGAAGCCCGUGAGGGGAUGCACCUGAAGAAUGUAGACUUUAAGGAGUACAUGAUGGCCUUUUCUGACCCGAACCACCUCCCCUGGUUCGCAUCCAACUCCACUUUUUGGGUGGCAGCUGCUUUCAGUCUCUCCUGGCCUCUGCGGGUACUGACGGAGUACCGCACCGCUUGUGUACACUACCACGUAGAGAAGCUGUUCGGGUUUGACUUUGUGCCAGCGACACCGUCUGAGGAGCGGCCGUAUUGCCGUCACAUCCCGAGAGUUAACACCAUCGACAGCACAGAGCUGGAGUGGCACAUCCGAUCCAACCAGCAGCUGGUGCCCAGCUACUCCGAGGCUGUUCUCAUGGACCUGGCCCAGCUCUCGGGGAGCUGCAACAGCUACCGGCAGAACUGCGAACGCUGCCACCGCGCCAUCAGCAGCUCCUCCAUCUUCUCUCGCAGCGCCCUCAGCAUCUGCAACGCGGGGAGCCCCCGCAUCCCGUUCAGCGCCAGCCGCUUCUCGCUGGGCCGGCUCUACGGCUCCAGACGGAGCUGCCUGUGGAGGAGCAGCGGGAGCCUGAACGAGCGCUCCUGCCCCACAGAGAGCACGCGCUGUCUGUCAGAGCAGCAGGGCGGCGAGGAGAACCCUCCAGCCUAUCAGGACGCCGCCUACUUCCCCGUGCUCAUCGUGCAUCGCAACGAAGGCUGCCUCAACCACGACCAUCGCUCGCUGCACAGAAACGGCUCCUGCGUGGAAACGUCGCUAUGACAUGACUUCCACUUCCACACUUGUCUGAGCAGAUAAUGAAAUGAUCAGAGAUCAGAGUGAGCAAGCUUUCACCCUGACCCAGCGUUAACUUAGGUUUGGAUCACAUUUCCUUUUUCUUCUUUUAUAACAGACAGUUACUGUACAGGACCGUGGCCUCAAACAAACUGGAAAUGAGUCAGGGAAAGUACUUGAUAGUCUGAUGACACUGGGGCUUUGAAGGAAAAUACUAUCAACAAUAAAAAUGGUUAAUGCAUCAAGCUACUGUAGAAACCCAGGAAGACCAUGGGCAGUCACAUCCUCAGUGGAUGUUUGUAAGUCUUAGUCACAGACAAUCUGCAUAGACGUGAAAAACACGUUACAGGAUUUGGAGCCAGGGGGUCUGACUCAGUCACAAAAGGAACGUGAUAAUAAUGGAUGAGAAAUGAAACACUGGGAAAUUCACUGAGAGGCUCAUCAUGAAAGAAUGGGAUGAGUCACAGCAUAAAUUACAAGCUACAAAAUACACAUUUUAAUCUCUUUGAACUAUCUGACUUUGAGUAUAAAACAAAACAUCUGCAUGGGAAAUAUUUAGACGCUGAGGAGGUGAAUCUGUUCAUUCAAAGUCAAUUGAAGAAAUGUCUCAUGCACACACUGAAGUAUCCAGUUUGCAGAAACCAGCUUGGUUGUGAUGACAUUAUACUUCCUGGCUUUCUAAAUAUAGCAACACAGUCAAUGAAUAAUUUAGCACAGGAUAGCCAAAGGACACAAGCGCUUCAAAGCGAAUCAACAACGCAUCUUCAAACUGUUUCUUAAUUAAUGUAAACUAAAUUUUUUCUAUAAUGUAAUAUACCUCACCUUAAUCUUGACAGACCAGUGGCAACCCAGCUAGUUCUAAGUGUUUGCAUUAAUUUCAUGUCUGGCAAUAUUUUUCUUCAGCCUACCUCUUUAUUUAAGUGCCUAGUGAUCAACUGUUACUGAAGAACAUUAGUGGCCAUGCCACCAUGAUCAUGUACACUCAUCCCAUUACUCUUCAGAUCCAUGAGGUUCUGCGAAUCAGACCCUAAAUGCAGAUGAUUCUUUUUGUAUAAUCUAAUUGAGUUCUUGAAUAGCCGGCUCCCUGCUGCUGCUGAUGCGUAUCAGAGAGACAGCCACAGAGCCGGCCAUCAAAGAAGCUCGAAAUAGACAGAGACCUGGGUUCCCUGCUGAUAGAGUCAGAUUUAAUCAUAUGACAGGAUUACUUCAAAGUACCAAAAAGCCAUGUACUUUCACAUUCACAGCCAUUCACUGCACCGUAAUAAAUAUUAAGUGGAAACACUGACGGUAAAAGCCAUGUUAAAAAACAUGAAGAAAACAUUAGCUACAAAUCUAUGAAAUGUGCUCCAAUGCUGUUUUAGGGACCAGAGCGUAUCUACUUUAUGGCCAAACCAGCCAACCUAACUGCACUGAGACCUGCAGUGAAACAGAAACCAGAGCAGAUUGUUGGCGGAGCAUUUAAUGCCAUUAAGGCCAUAUAAAUCACUGGACUUCCAAGAAUAGUACAAAUAUCGCUUGUGGUCGGAUGUUUUGUGUUACUUCCUCUAACAACUUGUCUUCACAACAAUGGGCUUGUACUGCAACAUGUGACCAAUUCCCCAUACUCAUUACAUUCCAUAUGUAGUUUGGAGGUGUGGACUGUAUUUAUAGCAAUAAUGGAGAAGACGAAUAGAUGAUGAAUAAUCACAAGGAGCGAGACAUGGUUCAGACCUUUGCUUUGGUUUAAAGCUUAUGAGAACCUUCCAAUGGUCUCAUCUCUGCAAGCCCCUUAGACUCAGGACAGUAUUUAGAGCAACUAUUUUGCAGCUUCAUGUAUUGCUCUGUCAACUUUAGUUUAAUGUAGUUCUGGCUUUUUUCAGAUUUCUGCAGAUCACAGGGUUCUCAUUCAGAACGUCGAACAAAACUGUUGUUACUUUAUUGUGGUCUUUCAUUUCAGGUACAAAAGGGUAAAGAGUUCCUCAGUAUGUUCUUAGCAAUAGGUUAGAAGCAGCUAGUUUGAUCCGUCGAUUCACUAAAUUGGCUUGAUCCAUUAAUACAAUAGAAGUUCUUUCACAUUGAUAUCCACUAAGAAAAGUCAGUAGGUACAUACAUAUUUAGAUUCUCUUAAAUAGUAAAAGUAGGUUUUAGCAAGUUAAAGUAGAUCAGAUAAGUACAAGCUACCAUUAUAAGCUACAGUUUAGUUUUAGUAUCAUUUAUUAAACUGUAAACCUCCACUAAGUAAACAUUUGCAUCACACACAGACAAGGCUGAACUGAUGAAGAGACCCAGAUCCUGGCAUCUAUGACACUCUCAUUAUGUAUAUAGUGAUACCUCUUUAGAAUGGUAAUGAUAAUAGUUGAGAACAGUGAUCAAUCACGCUCUGAUUGUUCUGAUGUCUCUGUAAAAGAAGCAUGUAAACUCCACAGGGGAUUUACAGGAAAUCUGAAAUGUCCUAAUAUGAUCCAAAUCAUCAGAGGCAGUGUUUUAUGAUGGAGUCAUCACAUCCUCUCAUUCAUAACUCACCAGAAAGGAUUUGAAUGGUUUCACUGUGAUAUUUAUUUAUAGUUAUGUAAAAGAAUAGAAAAUGUGUUUACCAGUGCAAUGUUUACCUGCAACAUCAAUAACAAUGGCGACAAAAGCUAUUCAGACAAUUAAAAGAAUCUGAUUUGAGAGAAUUCACAUUUUGCUCCACAGACGACUGUUACCUGAACCCUUUACAAGGUUUUGUGCUCUGAGUUUCAGACUUUAGGCCAGAAAGGGUUUUUACUGUACAUACACUAGGAAUAGAGAGAGGUUAGGAUGAGGUGGUGAUGCGGAUGAGGACCUAAAUGUGUCACACACAGAGGCAAAUGCUACUUACAGUAGGUUGAUUGAGUAUUAAUGGCAAUACUAUAACUAUACUAUAAUUCCUAUGACUGCAUUAUUAAUAGCACCAUUAGUGUUUUGCUUGCUUGUAUGUCUUUUUGUUUCUCUGUUAUUUGAUACAAUUUGAAGUGCUAUGGGAAUUUUUAAAUAAUUUCUUCUUUGGGGGGAGGGUCCAGCAUGAAUCCACACAACUUUAUCUGCAGUAAAAAAACAUUUUUUUUCAAAUUUUUUUUUUUUUCAAAAUGUUUGAAUCCAUUUUUAAUGCUCAGAGAGGUCUUACACCCAGUAGUUAAACUGUACAGUAGGUGAAACAACGCAAGUCUGUAUGUAUCCCAACACCAUCACAACGUUGCCUUGAUGUUACAUAAAAACUGAAAACCAAAUCUGUGUAUAAGAACAGCUCCUCAAUAAACACUCACUUAUCAUAAA